AUGCAUUCAAUUUAGAUCUUAAUAAAUCACAAGAAUUAUAUUCAAAAGGUAAUAAAUCUAUAAAAUUAGGCUAUAAACUAUAUUCGGAGGAUAAAAAAUAUGAAGAGGCGAUUAAAUUAUUUGAUUAAUCAUUAACUUUUAAUUAAAGAAACAAAUCAUCAUUAUGGGCUAAAGGUAUGGUUUUGUUUUAAUUUUUCAGCUGAAAGUUUAAGGUUGCUUGGUUAAUUCAAGGAAGCAAUCAUCUGGGCGGAUAAAGCAUUAUAAGUAGAUCCAAAACAUUGUAAUUCAUUAUAUUGAAAAGAUAUUUUUAAUUCAAUUUGUCAGCUGAGAGUUUAAGGUUGCUUAAUGAAUAUAAGGAUGCAAUAAUUUGGGCAGAUAAAGCAUUAUAAAUAGAUCCAAAAGAUUGUAGUUCAUUAUAAGUCAAAGGUAUGAGUUUUGUUUAUUUAAAGGUGACUCAUUAAGAUCCUUAAGAAUGUUUCCAUAAGCUAUGUAAUAAAUUGAUUAAUCGCUAAAAAUCAAUCCAAAUCAUUUUGCUUCAUUAUUGGCAAAAGGUUGAUGAUUCUUUAUAAUUUAUAGGUCUUGUUUACAAGAUCAGUAUUAAUUUCAAGAAGCUGUAGGUUUUUAUUAAAAAGCUUUAAAAUUAAAUUCAAAUCAUUAAUAUACGAAAUCUAAGAUGGGUAUUAUAUAUUAAAUAUAUUAAGAUGAAUGUGUUAAAGCUUUAUAUUUACUUAGAUGAGUUUUAAAAGCUUUAAAAAAGCUUGAAAAGUACAAAAAAUAAAAAUAUACAUUAAAAUUAUAUUCAAUAUUUUUACACUUUAAUAAUUAUUUUUGUUUGA